AUGGCACCCGAAGUACUUCAACAAUUUGCCGUAGGUGGAGGACUCCCAGUAACCAAGAUGCAGGAUCCAAAAGAGAAGUUUUAUCACCAUUUUCAAGAGGAAGUCAUCAGCCUACAAGAGCAGAUCGACAAUGUGAGCUCCAUAUCUAAGGUCGGUGGUGAGAGGCAAGAUGCCAUUGAUCACAUCCUGGCCGGCAUAUCGAAUCUUUCCAACGAAGUCGCCGACGCUUCCGACUAUGUUCCAUCGUACGACCAGCGCAACUACGCCCAGGCCGUCAAAGCUCUCACAGACAAGCUGAAUGAAACCACGGCCAAACUGGCCCCGCGCUCACGCUUCCAAUUCAAGCCCCGCGGAGCCAGCUCAGCAGCAUCAACAACAACCACCACCAACGACCCAUCCGCUCCCAAAAAUGACCCCCGUCUCAUGGUAGGAGCAAGCCUUGCCGACCCCCUCCCCCCAUCCCGCGGUGGGCCGGUCACCGCUCCCGCAACCCAAGCCGCCACAGAGACGGAUACCGACGGCCUCGGCGACCUCCCCAACUUCCCAAAGAACUACAACGAGGAAAUGGCCCGCCCCAGCGCCACCAAAGUCCGAAAACCCAGCUUCUCCACCGCAAAGGACAUUGCCAUUUUCGGCCAGGACGGCCUGCACAUCAUCCUCCCGUCCUCGGCGUCGCGGGCGACGAGUUCCGGCCGCUUGACGGAUCUCCGGGGGUGUGUAGUGGAUAUGUCCAUCGCUCUCUCGGGCCACACCUCGUUUGCGAACCUGGUGCUCAAGAACGUCGAGAGGAGCCUGAUUGUCGCGGGCAACGUGGCUGGGCCGGCGCAUAUUACGGGCGUGUUGGACAGUAUCAUUGUCGUUUCCGCGAGGCAGGUGCGCAUCCACGAGUGUAGGAAUGUGGAUAUUUAUCUGCACUGCUCGAGUCAUCCUAUUAUCGAGGAUUGUUCCAAUAUGCGGUUUGCGCCACUGCCGUCUAGCUUUGACACGACGGAAGACUCCACCAAGAACCAGUGGGAUCAAGUAGACGACUUCAAGUGGCUCAAGUCGGAACCCAGCCCGAACUGGAGAGUCUUAGCUGAGGAGGCGAGGCUGCCCGAGGAGAUUUGGACAAAGGUUGUGCCGGGCGAGCGCGGCAAGGAUUUGCACGAUAUCCUCAAGGCGGUCGGGGUUCAGAAGCAUUGA